AUGAAGCUCACAAUCAGCAAACUGAUGGUUUUGUCAGUAGCUUUGCUUGCGGGGUUCACCACAAUUCUCGGAAAACCGCUUUAUGAUGGAAAAGAAAACUUUAUCGAAAGCUUGAAUCACAAGUUUUCGAAUCCGAGUUCUCGCAUUGUCAACGGCAUUCGAGUUCAAGAAGGAGAACGUCCUUUUCAAGUUUCUCUUAUACGCAGAGGUCGUUUUACCUGCGGUGGUUCUUUAAUCGGUCCUCGUUACGUUCUGACUGCAGCUCACUGUGUUCACGAAUCACCAGCCAGCCAGUUUCAAGUUCACUAUGGCACACUGCAGUACGGCACUGGUCCUAAUGCUUCAGUUGAUCAAGUUCACGCUCACCCCGGUUACACUGCAAACGGAGUUAGAGAUGACAUUGCCGUUCUUCGGCUUUCGGUUCCCGUUGCCCCCAGCACUCCAAACAUUGCAUUUGCGCUGAUAAAUCGUUUUCAAGCAUUGCUCAAAAAGGGAGAGGUAGUGACUGUUUCAGGAUGGGGUCGUACGGCACGAAACCAGACAGUUUCAGAGCAUCUGCUUCAAGCAGGACUGAAAAUUGUAGAUUUUGAUGAAUGCGCUCAAAGAUGGUCCGGUGCUUUUCGACUCAGUUUGGGAAUGAUUUGCGCAGCUGAUGAAGACUCCAGUGCUUGUCAUGGUGAUUCUGGAAGCCCUCUGACGCUUGACUCUAUAAACUCAGGAAACAGUUCGUAUUUGCAAAUUGGCAUUGUCUCAGUGGGUGCUCCAACUUGCUACUCCAACAAACUACCAAAUGUCUACACUGACGUGUAUCACUACCGCAACUGGAUUCGAAAUAUUGUUAGGCGAGGAUAA